AUGGCCUCCAGCAGCACCGAUGCUUUUGCUGAAAGACCAGCGAAGCUUCAGAAGGUGAAUGCUCUGAGAAGGAAAUUGCCCCAUCUCACAGCCUCGGCUUUGUCCGAAGUUUGCAAAGUUCUGCGGGACGAGGGUGUCCCGGAACUCACACAAAGAAAACAUAUAGCCGAGGCUGCCUGGCAACCCCUGAAAGAGAAUAGGAUCCUCCUCAAUCGUCUGUCACUUUUGCAGACAGAUGGUGCAGAGCUGCAGAUACCCAGUGUCGAUUUUUGGGCUCUGCUGCAAGCUGCUAUCUCGGAUGCCGACAGCAACUUCGCCCAAUAUUUUUGGGCGUGCAUCGACAAGAAUCCUCCGAGCCCCAGCUCGGCAUGGCGGCUGAUCCCCUAUACGGACGAGAUCGUGCCUGGUAAUCCUUUGGCAGUCCAGACGAAGAGAAAAAUCUGGGCUUGCUAUGCCUCGUUCGUAGAACUUGGGAGCUAUGCAUUGCAGCACGAGGAGUCGUGGCUAUGCAUAGGACUGCUCCGAUCCAGCCUGAUGGCCAAGGCCGAAGCAGGUGUCUCUCAAUGGAUCUCGAAAAUCCUGCGAGACAUAUUCAUGCGGCCGGCCAACCAUUUGGAGCACGGGUGCAUAUCGUUGCAGCGACCAGGAGGUCCGCCCGUCCUCUUCCGGGUGGUUUUGUCAAUGAUCGUUCAAGACGGUGGUGCCCAUAAAGCUCUAUGGAGCUGCAAGGGGGAUGCUGGCACCCGCAUGUGCAUGCUGUGCAGGAAUGUAAUAGCACAACGAUGUGAUAUCCUGCACAGCAGCGGGCUCCCCGUGGUCGGUUCCUCUGAGAUCCGAGAAAGUAAUCUUUCGCUUGCGACCGACCAAUCCAUCCACGAGGCCAUGGCGAAACUGGCAGAGAAGAAGAUGCUUCUGAAUGCUGCAGAUUUCAGCACGUGGCAGCAAGCCACCGGCUGGACUUAUAAUAGUUGUUCCCUGCUGCAACAAGAGGAUCAACGAUGGCUGGUCCGGCCGAUCUCACAGUAUUGCCGCGACAGCAUGCACACCCUGCUGGUCUCCGGUGUCUUCCAGACAGUGACCUGGCUUGUUUUGGAAGCUUUGCAGAAGCAGUUUCCCAAUCUCUGGGAAAUCGCCGACGAGUACGUGGCCAAGUGGACCCUGCCCCGGAACAUCUCGGCCAAGGCCGAAGGGAUGCUGGGUCAGUCCCGAGCAAAAGCAUGCAAGGAAGCCGAGACCUUUAAAUGCACGGCCUCCGAAGGCUUGACACUGUCUCCAAUAUUGGCUUGUUUCUUCAGGCAGCUCGCCAGGGCAAAUGCAAAUGUUGAGGCAGUGCAAGCGAUCCAAUGUUUCUUGCAGCUGGACAAACUCGUGGCAUGCUGCCAGAGAGCUCGCAGUGAGGGAGCGGUUUCGCCCGGCCAGAUGAGAAAGCACGUUUCCGAUUUCUUGCAAGCAGUGCAUGCUGCUGAGUGGCAGGACCGCAUGCAUUCCAAGUUCCAUUGGCUUCUCCACUUCGGUUCGCACCUGGAAAAGUGGGGUUUCAUGGUUCAGUGCUACACUCACGAAAGAAAGCAUCGCACUAUCAAGAGAUUCGCCGAGGACAUCAAGAAGACUUCUGCUUACGAGCAGGGUCUUCUCCGAGAAGUUCUUGGACAAGAACUAUAUUGCUUGGCAAGAGCUGAUUGUUUCGCAGCGAUGCUGCAGUUGCAGGACCCGAAGCCAGCUUCUCGGAGGAAGGCGGCAGCACUUCGCAAAAUCAUUCCGGAGCUGACCUCGGCACAAGUGAUUCAUGUGGCAGAAAAAGUCAGGCUGCCCUCCGGGGAACGGAUAUGUCGUGGCGAUGCGGUGCUGCUUGAAGGGAACGGUUGCUUGGAGUGUGCCCUUGUCUGGGCAUUCGUGGAACUGGCAGGGCAAGCCUACAGUGUUGUGCAUUCCAUUUCUUCUCUGCUUUGCGAUGACCUCGUGGGGGAGUGCUCCUGCAUAGACAGCCUGCAUCUGCUGCCAUGCAGAGACUUUCUGUGUGCAUGCACAUGGAGAGACAUGGCCGGAGGCCGACGACAAAUCAUCCUGCCUGCUUCCCUCCGAUGA